GAAACUUGUACACGCAUAAUGUUGGUAAUUUCGCUGCUACUCGUGUGGAGCCUGGCAGUCGCGCAUGCGGAGACCUUGACCGACUUCAGCAUAAGUCCAACGCCCAAUGCUACGGUCACCGAGCCACCGGGGAUGUGGCGCCAGGCGAAGCGACGCAGCACACUGGAGGAUACGUGCAUCACCACCAGCGGCAUCACGGGCACCUGCCUCUCCCGCUUCAAGUGCAUGCGACAGUCGGGCACCGUCAACGGCUAUUGCGGCACCUACGGUGUCUGCUGUGAAACGAACAUGCAGAGCGGCUCGAGCACGCGCCAGAAGCGGAUCAUCAUCAAGAGCCCCGCGGCACUGACCAGCGAUCUGAGCACCUACACCAUCGAGGCAUUCAGCGUCAACGUGCAGCAGCUGCGCAUCGACUUUGAGCAGUUCGAGCUGAAUCAGCCCGUCCUCACGGACGCUAUGCUGGAGUGCCGAGACUACUUCGAGGCGGGCGGCUUCAGGCUGUGCGGCGUCAACAGCGGCCAGCACCUUUAUCUGCCCUUCAAUGUGGCCGCCGGCAUAGAUCAGGUGACGCUGACCUUUACGGUGCCCACACGCUGGACGGGCUCCAUCUGGCGUCUGAUCGUCACGCAGCUGGAGGGUCCGACGGCCAGCACCAAGCGCCGCUCCAGUGCCACCAGCUCCUACGCGGGCAGCACCAACACGCUGCAGGAUUUGCGCAACAUCUUCGCCUCGCACCACGCCGACUACGAGCUGCUGGCACCGGCGGGCUGCCAUCAGUACUACACAGAGCUGACGGGCACCAUUCGCAGCUUCAACUACCAGGCGAUGCUGGGCAGCAACUACAUGCCAGACCUGAGCUACAACAUCUGCAUCAAGUCGGUGGCCAGUGCCAGCAUGAUUGAAUAUGCCUUCAGCAAGUUCUCGAUGUCGAUGCAGAUUGGAGAUGCCGAGGGAUAUGACGAGUCCUGCCGUGCCACCGUCCACACGACGGGCAGGCAGGAGGACUACCUCAUGAUACCGCAGGGCAUUCUGGCCAAAAACAUCGCCUAUCAGCCCACCUACUACUGCGGCACCAAUGACAACCUCUUGGUCUAUGCCUCUCCGCCCUACCUCAUGCACUUCUCCAGCGACGACCUGACUCUGGACGAGUCCAUCGAGACGGGCUUCAGCCUGACGUACCGCCUCAGGACCUCAAUCCUGUAGUCGCUGGACUGGCAGGACUUCGUUUUAAGUGGCUAUUUAAAUAGGUUUUUGAUAGGUUUUUGUAUCGGGUUAUCCUAGAAUUUAAUAAACUAGAUUCCAAUGUCUUUAAGUGC